AUGGCAACACAAUUCAUAGACGACAAAGCCCCAAUAUGCAUCCCAUUCAUCCUAAACCGCCUCCAGCUACACCAACAAGCCCACCCCAGCUCAAACUCCAACUCUAAACCCCCGCGUCCCCUCAUCAUCGGCCUCAAUGGCCUCCAAGGCGUCGGCAAAUCCACCCUCGUCGUGCCCCUCGCCGAAGCCCUCAACCGCGAGGGCAUCCCGACCCUCGUCUGCAGCAUCGACGAUUUCUAUCUGACGCACGAGCAGCAGCUUGCUCUGGCGCAUGAGAAUCCGGACAAUGCCCUGUGGCAGGUCCGUGGGGAGCCAGGCACCCACGACAUCCCCCUCCUCAAAUCCGUCUUCUCCUCCCUCCUCACCCACGCACCAACCUCCCUCCCCCAAUACGACAAAGCCCUCUUCUCCGGCCAAGGCGACCGCCUCCCCCCCUCCACCUGGACCCCCAUCAACCAACAACAACCUCCCCAAAACCCCUUUCAAGUCGUCAUCCUCGAAGGCUGGUGCAUCGGCUUCCGCCCCAUCUCCCCCGAAGCCGUCGCCACAAAACACUCCGCCCCGAGCCGCACUCUCCACCAGCACCGUCUGGAGCACCUCCUCGCUAUCAACGAGAAACUUGGUGAAUAUGAUGAUGUGACGCGCUUAUUUGACGCUUUUCUUCAUAUUGACUCGGAGAAUACCGAGUAUGUCUAUGAUUGGCGCCUGGAGCAGGAGGAGCAUCUUCGUCUGACGAGGGGGGAUCCCAAUGCUGGUAUGACCAAGGAGCAGGUCGUAAGAUUCGUCGACGCAUAUUACCCUGCCUAUGAGCUUUAUUCGGAAGGGCUACGAAACGGUCUCUUCACAGACAAGCCAGGGGCUCAAUUGCGGAUGGUGGUUGGGCGUGACAGAAAGGUGAAGGAGGUAAUUGAGAUUUGA